GGAGUCGAUUCCGUGCGUGUCUACAUAACCAUAAUAUCGUCUAGAUGGUGCUAAACAUUUUUAAAUAUACACUCUAUUGAUGCCUCAAUAAGAUAACAGACUAAUAAACGAACUUGUGAUAAGAUAAAAGGAAGCUCAAAGUUGAUGAUAAAUCUGUUCGGACUGGGGAAGUAUUCAGGUACAACAUCCGGACGAAGUAAAUCAAUAACUGUUAACAAAUUGAGUAAUAAAAUACACUAAAUCUGGAGAGAUCAUCUCUUAUAAAAUAUGCUACAUGUGUUUCAGAAACAUGUGAGUUAUUUUUUUAUAAUAUUUUUCGUAAAUAAAGCUGUACUGAUUUACCUAGAUAAAGAUUAGCUAAUAUAUUUUAUUGUUGUGAAUAAUAAAAACGGGGCCAACGAGACUAUUUCAAUAUUAAAACUAGUGAAUCAAAAUAUACACUGAGAGAAAGUUAAUACAUUGUGGAAUACUUGAACUCAUCAUAAAUAAUAUAUAGAUUCGGGUACCUAUAUGAAAUAAUCCAUAAGCGUCUCAAAGAACUCACUCUGACCUGCAUGGAACUCAUAAAAAGUAGAACAUCAUGGAUCAUAUUCCCCCAGCAGGUUUCGUGAGAAAUCAACGAGUAGUUCUCAAUCAUUUGGAUGUGUCAACCCAAGCCAACUUCCACCAGUCCGACCACCUCGACCAAUCAGACUCACCCAUGUCCCGCUUCUGCGCCAAGGAAAAACGCGACACGGCCCACUACGACCGGCAGGACAUCCGCGAGCAGUACUGCAUCACGGAUCGAGGUCUGGGCGCCUUGGAGGCCAACCGACCUCACGCGGCCAGCCUCUUCGGCUGCCUCUCUACGCGAGGUUCGCCUUGCUCCAAUCGGCCCUCGCUGCUCACCGCUUGCGUGAGACAGAAGGCGCCCUCUGACGAGAAUCUACACGAGCUGGGGAAGAGGAGGUCGGCUGAGUAUGCUCCCUACCCCAGGAAGAACAGGUACCCUUGGGGGCCCGUGAUAACGGACAUCUAUCACUACGACGAAGACCUGCAAUCUUCUUAUUUCCGGAGGAAGGUAGGCACAGAUCCAAGCAGAUACACUUGGAUGCCUGCUGAUGAUGAAUCAGUGAGGAUGGAGAAACCUACUUUCCUCAUGGACAGCGACCACAGCUAUGAGCACCUACUCAAUACACAACCUGCUCUAUUAGCCGGAAAGAAACACGUUAGCUUUGCUAGGUCACAUACACUGGCUUCUUUUGAUGACGCUAGAUCAACUUUGAGCAGUUCUACCAGUCAGCUAAAUACGCUCACCAAGAGCCAAGAAAGGCUGCUGGAUAUGAGGAAGAUGGAACUGCAGCCUAUUACGAAGCAGCCAGAGCAUGACAUUUCUUCAGAUAAAAUCAGGAAAACACCGAUGAAAACUCAAGCAACUCAAACUGAGAUCAAUCUUGGAAGGAGAACACCACCUAGUCAUAUCAACUUGAGUCCCAGAACAAUGCAAAAGGUGAAGAUGGUGUCCCAAGGCGCCCAAACCAACGGCCAAAACGGCCGCAAACUGAUAAAAUCCUACUCGGAGGCGGGCGAUACUUUCGGCGCCCCGUUCCUGAACGGCGACACCGCCUGCAACGCCAUCUUUGAUCACGAACCCCUGCACCGGACGCAGUCGGACGAGCCUCCAAGGUCGCCCUUCGUGCUGGACUCCUCGCCUUGCCCCUCACCGCCGAAGAAAGUUGAGAGCGAGGCGUCUUUGUCCAUCAGAUCGGACCAGGACUCAGAAGACUCUGCUGAGGUGAAAAACGAGAUAUUCAUCGACUUCAAACCUCAACUAACGAAAGAAGCAACCACAGUAGUGAAAAGAAGCCUGAUCAAAGCCCUAUCCGACGGAGAAAUCCUCCUGGAGCAAAGAAGAGCCACCAUAGGAGACGACCGCGUCGUCCCAGACAAGCCAACCUACUCGCACAGCCACGAGAACGUCCAUCCCGAAGAGAACCCCAAAACCUUCUCCCCCUACUUCCAGAAGUCCCCCAUCCUGAACGAGGGCAUCUGCAAGCCCUUGGAGGACAAUAUCUACUCGUCGAGGGACACGGGUCUGUACGGCCAGGACUCCAUCGAUGAGGACUUCCACGAGCACUUGAUCUACAACAGGAGGUACCUGAACACGCAACACUCGGUAGAGGGGGGCAGUAUAGGGAUGGAGACUUGGCUGAGGGAUGAGUGCGUCGUGCCAUCUAUCAGUUUUACCUCUGAGAAGAGGCUGUCUCCCUUCACGUCCAAUGAUUCUCUUGCUAACGAUGCCAGAGACCAAUCGGACGGCAUUUGGAACGAGUCGCAAGUGACGGUACUGCAAGCCGAUUCGGGAACAGACAACGGUACCGCCUUGAGCGGCUCCGAGAUGACCUCAGCAACCUCCCCUGGAUCUGCCACCCUCUCCCUCACGCCUUCUUCCAGACGAAAGCAUCUGCUGAUGCUGCAGCACCAGCAGAGGUCCUCCUUCGACACUGAAGCCCUGCUGGACGAGGAAGUCGGCGACCAGGCGAGCAGCCACCUCAAGGUUUCUGAACCUGACCAGCAGCCGGAGGUCUCUCGGCAGUACCUCUCCGUGCAGAAAGUGGUACCGCUUCGCAGGAGGAGUCAGCAGGAACCUCCAGCGGAGACGCAGCCUGCUGUGGUGCCGGAUUUGCUGCUGGCUAGGACGGAUUCCUGCAGGACCAAUACCGAUUUGUCGGAGAGCACUACCACGGAUGAUUACGUCACUGCCAAUUCGGGAACUGAUAGCUCCAGAAUAAGCGUUUCGUCGAAGGGGAUGGAGAUGUACAACAACGUCCAGCAGCACCAGCUGCUCCCCAACGAAGGCUCGAGCUUUGAAAGCUCCCGAAGCGUCGACCAGCUACUGACCGACGACAUGGUGGUGCCAAGCGACCCCCGUAGCCUUUGCAGCACCCCCUCACCUCGCCACCCCCGCAGCCUUUGCAACACCCCAGUGCCUCUCGUCCAUACAGGCCGCUCCACUCCGUCCGAAGACACAUCGUCGUCGUGCGGCAGCUACAGCGUCGGCGGCAUCGGCAGCGGUGGCGCCGGCACGCCGGACCUGCUCGAGCGGGCCACCCCGACCCCGUCGAAGCGGGGCGAGCGGGCCCGUCCCGGCUCGGACGACGACAGGAGCGUCAGGUAUUCUUCCUCGGGGUACUACGAGUCGCCUGUGGAAGAUGAUUCUACGUGGACAUCACCAAGAUACGAGAACAAGAAACCCUCCGAUCCAAAGUCGUAUCUAGAAGUCAACUCUGUCCCCAACAGUAAACCGAGCAAAAGAAACAUCAAACUAUCCCCUUCAUCCGAAAAACCAAAGCGAACCAGAUCCAGGAUCAGGAGCCCCAUGCAAAACAACAAGAAAUCCCACCAGCUGAAGAAAUCCUCGGUGGUAUACCUGAACGACAAAGAGAAUAAGGCCACAUCAGACGAAUCCAGCUGCGAUAUAGGCAUGAAACAUUUGGCCAAUCCGAAUUCGCCUUGGAAAAAUAAGAAGAGCAGAGACAGAGAGAACGAGAAGAGGAGAUCUCCUGUCAAUGCUGAUAAAAAACCAUCAGGUGUGUCUGGAAGCUUGGGGAAGAGGAAAACCACCAGAAUACCUAACACUGGACCUUCUCCUGAUAACAGUUUAAACAAGAAACUAAGUAAUGGAGAAACCCCUGAGUCCAAUAGGCAUUGCCCCAAGGAGAAUGAAGACACCUGCAAGCUGAAAGCCCUGAGCGCUGAAUCCCUGAGAUCAGUGAGCCCAGGGAGCGACAGUGUCUUCUACAGCGAUCCUAGCAGCCUCACUGCCGAUCACCACAUCCACUGUUUGCACUGCGGUAAAGAGGUUGACAUAGUCACGACUGACGAUCCUGACAAACCAGCUACCUGUGGGGAAAUCUUUCAACCACCUGCAGGAUUCCAGGAUUCCCCUAGAAUAAAGCCACCUGAAAGGUUGUUCAAAAAAUUCGAUAGAAGACUGAGAUCAGAAGACAGGAACUUGACGGAGAACAAACAAAAUCGUCAUGGUACAGAAGUGAGAGCAAAGUCUGAAGAACGAGCAACAAAAUCCUACCGAAAUAAGCUGCGACCUAUGGCGAAGUCUACUAACAACAGUCAGGAGCAGCUGAAAGCGACAGACUCGAGUCCGAGCAUUCUACCCGGUGAGCCAGAAAACGAAGACGAUACCGGUAUCUACGAUGUGCCUUAUAUUGAUGGUUGCUGGAUUCAUAUUGACGAAAGGGAAGAGGUCAACUCUUGCAAGACUUCUUGUUCGAGUCCUAAUGACUUGGCCCGCACUGACUCCGUUUCUAGUACUGAAUCUGAAAAAGAAUUCCGGAAGCGUUAUCAAGCUGUUACACAUCGAAUGGUCCAUCGAAAAUCCUGUCUGGAAAUGUACAAAAGACAGAAUAAUAAAUCAUUUGGUCCGAUGAGUAAGUGGAAUAGCAAAGAAAAACACGACCCCUACUACAUCUGCAUCCAUGAGGAUUAAAAUCAAAAUAAAUAUGGACUUAAACAACCACUGCGAAUAAUACAUAUUAAAUAAACUGUAUACUUAUGACUGUGUGUUAAAAAAAUCGAUUUAAAUAUAUACCUACUUUUUAUGUAUACUUUUGUAUUGUCUUGAACUAAAUAAAUUGUGGAGUAUUAAUAGGUGGUAUUAAACAAU